GAAGACCGUCCAGGCGAGCGAUGGCGGCGACGCACGCAGAGCCCAGCGCCCGCGAGAUCUUCUCCACGCUGGAGUACGGACCCGCGCCGGAGAGCCACGCGUGCGCACUGGCCUGGCUGGACACCCAAGACCGCCUCUUGGGCCACUACGUGAAUGGGAAGUGGCUGAAGCCAGAACACAGGAAUUGUGUGCCAUGCCAGGACCCCAUCACAGGAGAGAAUUUGGCCAGUUGCCUCCUGGCAGAGCCUGAGGAUGUGGCUGCAGCAGUGAAGGCGGCUUUGGAUGCACUGGGAAGCUGGAGCGGAGUGCCCGGAGGCAGCCGAGCCCAGCACCUGACCAGGCUGGCCAAGAUGAUCCAGAAGCACCAGCGGCUGCUGUGGACUCUAGAUUCCCUGGUCACUGGGCGGGCCGUUCGGGAGGUUCGAGACGGGGACGUCCCACUGGCCCAGCAGCUGCUCCAGCACCAUGCAGUCCAGGUCCAUGACCAAGAGGAGGCCCUGGCAGGCUGGGAGCCCAUGGGAGUUGUUGGCCUCAUCUUACCACCCACGUUCUCCUUCCUGGAGAUGAUGUGGAGGAUUUGUCCUGCCUUGGCAGUGGGCUGUACCGUCGUGGCCGUUGUGCCCCCGGCCUCCCCAACCCCUCUCCUCCUGGCCCAGCUGGCAGGGGAGCUCGGCGCCUUCUGCGGGAUCCUCAAUGUGCUCAUUGGCCCUGCCUCCCUGGGGGACACUGUGGGCCGCUGUCCUGGGGUGCACAAGGUGGCCUUCUGCGGAGCCGUGGAGGAAGCGCGCGUCCUGCGGCAGAGUCUGGCAGGCCAGAGGCUGGAGCUGAGCCUGGCGCUGGGCAUGGAGUCGCUGCUGCUGCUCAUGGACUCGGCCGACGUGGACUCGGCCGUGGAGGGCGUUGUGGAUGCAGCCUGGUCUGACCGCAGCCCGGGAGGCCUCCGGCUCCUGGUCCAGGAGUCUGUGUGGGAGGAAACGAUGAGGCGACUCCAGAGAAGGAUGGGGAAGCUGCGGAGCGGCCGAGGCCUGGACGGGGCUGUGGACAUGGGCACCCGAGGGGCUGCGGCCUGUGCCGCGGCCCGGCGCUACGUGCAGGAGGCCCAGAGCCAGGGCGCACAGGUGUUCCAGGCUGACCCUGUGCCCUCGGCCAGCCCGUUCUAUCCCCCAACUUUGGUCUCUGGUCUGCCCCCCGCAUCACCGUGUGCCCAGGCAGAAGUGCCGUGGCCCCUGGUCGUGGCCUCCCCUUUCCGCACAGCCAAGGAGGCGCUGGCGGUAGCCAACAGCACACCCCGGGGAGGCAGCUCCAGCGUGUGGAGUGAGAGGCUGGGGCAGGCGCUGGAGCUGGGCUACGGGCUCCGGGUGGGCACAGUAUGGGUCAACACCCAUGGCCUCAGAGACCCUGCGGUGCCCGUGGGUGGCUGCAAGGAGAGCGGGUCUUCCUGGCACGGGGGCCUGGACGGUCUGUAUGAGUACCUGCGGGCCUCGGGGACCGAGGACCGGCUGCCCUUCGUUUACGAGCAUCUGAACUAUGACAGCUUCGGGCUUGCUGUACCCGCGGCCCUGCCAGCAGGGCCUGAAACAGGGCCCAGCCCAGUGCCCCCCUAUGGGCUCUUCGUGGGGGGCCGAUUCCAGCCUCCUGGGGCCGGGAGCUCCAGGCCCGUCUGGGACUCCUCUGGCAGCCUGCAUGGCUACGUGGCUGAGGGUGGAGCCAAGGACAUUCGAGGCGCCGUGGAGGCCGCUCACCAGGCUGCCACUGGCUGGGAGCGGCAGUCCGCGGGGGCGCGGGCGGCCCUGCUAGUGGCGCUGGCGGCUGCGCUGGAACGCAGGGGGCCCGGCCUGGCCUCGAGGCUGCAGCGGCACGGAGUGGAGCUGGAGGCUGCCAAGGCGGAGGUGGAGCUCAGCGCCAGGCGGCUCCGGCUGUGGGGGGCCCGAGCCCAGGCCCAGGGCCACACCCUGCAGGUAGCAGGGCUCAGAGGCCCCGUGCUGCGGCUUCGGGAACCACUGGGCGUGCUGGCAAUCGUGUGCCCUGACGAGUGGCCGCUGCUUGCCUUCGUGUCCCUGCUGGCCCCCGCCCUGGCACACGGCAACGCUGUGGUCUUGGUGCCCAGCAGGACCUGUCCCCUGCCGGCCCUGGAGGUGUGCCAGGAUGUGGCCUCCCUGUUCCCCGCGGGCCUGGUGAACGUGGUGACAGGAGACUGCGACCACCUGACGCGCUGCCUGGCCUUGCACCAGGACGUCCAGGCGCUGUGGUACUUCGGAUCCACCAAGGGCUCCCAGUUCGUGGAAUGGGCCUCGGCAGGGAACCUCAAGCCCGUGUGGGUGAACAGGGGCCAUCUGCGGGCUUGGGAUCAGGAGCCCCAGGGGGCAGGCCCAGAGCUGGGGCUGCGGGCAGCACGAACCAAGGCCCUGUGGCUACCUAUGGGGGACUGAUGCCCAGUGCCACCGCUCCCGUUCCAUGGAGCAGAGACGGACCCCGGCAGAUGCCAGGCACCUGGAACUUCCCUCGUGGUCCUGUGUCCUGCAAUAAACUGUCUGACCAAGCCUG